AUGUGUAACACGGGAUAUUACCCAGACGAAAACGGCCAAUGUGUUCAAUGUAGCACAAUCAACACAAAUUAUACGAGUCGCAGCCAAAUAACAAAGAAGUGCCUGGAGUGCAAAGACCCACAAUACCUGGCUUCAAACGGGCUUUGUUCAAAUUGUGAAAUUGGGACUUACAAGAAGACCGAGACAACGUGUGAAAAUUGUUAUUUUGCAACUGAGAACUGUGAUGCGCGUUCAACACUUUUUGUUGGUGUUUCCAAUUGCACCUCUUGUAUGACCAACUAUGUAGUGAAUAGUGGGAAGUGUCAGUUGUGUCUAAGUGGGAAGUAUUACAAUCCAAAUUCAAAGAGUUGCCAAAGUAAUGAUGUGAACUGUCAAAUUCAAGUCGACGAGUCAACUUGUCUUCUAUGUAACAGCAACUACUUUUUGGCGAAUGGGGUUUGCCAACAAACAACUCGAUGUCAAAGUCCUUCCAACACCACAAUGUCUUUUUGUGACUGUUAUGAUCAGAUCUCAGUCAACUCCGACUGUAAAGACAAUUUGACAAAUUGCAAACACCAGAAAGUUGAAAAGGGAAAUUCUGUUUGUAUUAAUUGCAACGACAACUUCACUUUGAAUGAAAACGAAUGUCAAAGUGCAAAUUUGGAAAUGAGAAAUGAUAUUGUUUACAAGUGUGGAGAUGGUGCGUAUCUCAACAUCUCAAACGAAUGUGUCGGCUGUGGUGUUUCCGUCUCGGUUUGCCAAUUAUCAAAGACCAAAAUGAUACCAUUGCAGUGUCAAACCAAUUAUAUAUUUGACACGACUACAAACCAAUGUGUUACAGAUGAUAAUUGCCAUACAGUAAAAUAUGGGUUUUGCACCAAAUACAAAUCUGAUUUAAAUUACAUAUCACAGGGAAGGUGCUCAAAGUGUCAAACCACCAACUGUGGUCUCUGUGACAUAAGUACCUGUCUAAAGUGUUUGGAUAGCUUUGUGAAAUACACUGACACUUGGUGUGUAUCAAAGAGUGUUAUAUCAACAUACAAAACAAUUAGUUCAGGUGGAUGUGUUGUUUGUUGUGAGGAGUAUUACCAGACAGACGCAAAGAAUGUAGAAGACAAGUAUGAUUACUGUGUUCCAAUAGAAUCCACAACAGUCACAAAUUGCAAGAGAUACGGUGCACAGAACACCAAUGUGUAG